UAAACAGAUGACAAAAAUACCACGUGCUACAAAUGUAAUCCUGUUGCGCCAUCACCGUUGUUUUCCCUUCCCCAGCCACAGGAAUAUGUGUUAGUGUAGUUCCCUCGGCGUGUUGACCGGGGAGUGUGUGGAGCAGGUCCCGUGGUGUGUUCAGGGUCCGGUACACUCACCUGCAGCUGCAAACACCGUCUUUGUGAAGCGAGUCCAGGAACGGAUCCGUCCUGGAGGCGAUGGACCUGGACAGCAAGCGGCUGGUGGUGGUGGUACCGAACGAGGUGUCGACGGCCUCCAGGAGAGUGUUCAACAGCGAGGAUGAGGCCUGGAAGAACUACCUGGAGAACCCGCUGACGGCCGCCACCAAGGCCAUGAUGAGCAUCAACGGGGACGAGGACAGUGCGGCGGCUCUGGGGCUGCUGUACGACUACUACAAGGUUCCUAGAGAGUGGAAACGCUCUUCCAGCGGCGUUAGACCCCCAGAUGCCUCUGCUGCUGGGUCCGAUAGCUACGGCAGCCCGGACAUGGUGGAUCAUCACUGCCAGGCUCUGACCUCCAUGCCUGUGAACCUCUCCCUGCACAGCUCCCAGCAUGCAGCGCUGGGCCUCGCAGGAGACGCGAGAAGAGGAGACGGUAGAGACGCCAGAGACGCCGUGGGCAGCGCACCUCUGGCUCUGGUCAAAGCAGAGAGCCAGGCGUCCACCCCGGCCUCCUGCUCUGCUGGAUCCUGCAGAGAGGAGCCGCGGCGGCAGAGCUGCUACGACGCGUCGCUGACGGCGUUCCUGAAGGACAAACAGAGCAGCGGCGUGGACUAUGAAGCAGCAGCAGCAGAAGCAGAGGUCGUCCAGAGAAGUGGUUCCUCCGAAGCCGUCACCCUCCAGUGCAGCUUACCAGUCAACAGCUUCAAGUACCGUCUGGAUGCCAGCAUGUCUCUGAGGCCGCGGCAGGGAGACGGGCCCAUGGCGUACCUGAACCGCGGCCAGUUCUACGCCCUGACGCUGUCGGACGCCGGCUUCAGAUCGUCCCUCGGUCAGCCCAGGAGAAACGCGUCGGGGAGAGGAGCGGCGGCGUCACGCGGGCCGGACGGGAACCCGUCCAGCAGUGAGCAGAGCGGCCUGGGAGGCUCGGAGCUGCAGCAGGACAGUAUCGUACAGAGUGUUAUCAUGGUUGUGUUCGGGGAGGACAAAUGCAGAGAUGAGCAGCUAAAGAACUGGAAGUACUGGCACUCCCGCCAGCACACGGCCAAGCAGAGGGUCCUGGACAUAGCGGACUACAAGGAAAGCUUCAGCACCGUUGGGAACGUGGAGGAAAUUGCCUACAACGCUGUGUCUUUUACCUGGGAUGUCAGCGAAGAGGCCAAGGUGUUUAUCUCGGUGAACUGCCUGAGCACGGACUUCUCCUCCCAGAAGGGCGUGAAGGGCAUGCCUCUGCUGAUCCAGAUCGACACCUACAGCUACAGCAGCUGCAGCAGCAGGCCCAUCCACAGGGCCUUCACGCAGAUCAAGGUCUUCUGCGACAAGGGUGCUGAGAGGAAGCUUCGCGAUGAGGAGAAGAAGCAACUCAGGAAGAGGACAAAGGGUAAAAGUGGCAGCUCGGGGCCGACGCCUCCCAUCAUGAGGUCGGACAGCACGCUGCUCAGAAGCGCGCUUGACCUGGAUUCCCAGCCGGUCCUCUUCAUCCCCGACGUGCACUUUGGAAACCUGCAGAGAGCGGGGCAGGUAUUUGCCUUCAACAGUGAUGAGAUGGUCCGAGACAGGAACGUCGCGGUGAAGAUGCCCGACCAGGAAGAUGGCGGUCAGCCUCUUUCCAAAAAGUCCAAGGAGGAUCAGGAAAGGAAAGUUCUCCUGUACGUGAGGAAGGAGUGUGAUGAAGUGUUCGAUGCUCUCAUGCUGCACGCUCCGACGCUCAGAGCUCUGGUGGAGGCGAUCUCUGAGAAGUACGCAGUGCCUGUUGAGAAGAUGGCCAAGGUUUACCAAAAAAGCAAAAAAGGAGUGCUGGUGAACAUGGACGACAACAUCGUCCAGCACUACUCCAACGAGGACACCUUCAUCCUGGCUCUGGAGAGCUCGGCCGACUCGUUGCGGGUGAUUCUGUCAGAGAUCUGAGCGUGGUGCCGUCGGCCCGCUUUCACCCGUCAUCUCGUUGGGAGGACCGGACUCGUGCAGAACUCCCGAGCGUUGUCGGCCAGCUUAGAGGGCGGAACCGGACUGCAGUCUCUGUGGGCCAACUAGCAGCCUCAGUAGGAUUGGCUGCCCUUUGUGAAACUUUGAUUGAACCCCUACCAGCAGACAAAACGCUCACACGCCCAUCCAUCCAUCAACUGCUGCAGCUUAUCUUUAAUAAGCAGCCCGUAGGUUUUGCACUGCGAACACAGACUUGAUUAAAUCUGAAACCUUCAGGGUUUGUUUUUUUCCCAACUGAAAGCAUCUUUACUUGAAAACACUAAGCAAUUCCUGCUGAUUUUCUUUUUUUAUUUGAAUUUCUUUUUUGUUCAAUCUAGUUGCAACCAAGGUUUCAAACAGCAGGCGGCGCUGGUGUGUAACUAAGUUUUACUGACUAUUCCCUGUUCUCUAUACUGUUUAGUGGGGGCUGUAAAUGAACUGAUCAAAUAAGGGAACGCUUUUUGUUGCACAGGCAUUCUUCACCGGCGUAGGACGGUUCAUGGUUGGGGCUCACGGUUUUGUAUUUUCAGGGGUCAAAAGUUCCGUUAGUGUCUUGAUUCUGUAUAGUGCAGUCAAUGCAUUCAUUUUUAACCAAACUUCUUUAUUGCGUGUGUGUCUGUGGGUAUAUGUAUGUAUAUAUAUAUAUAUAUACAGACACACCAAAUGGCGCCAUUGAAAUAAACAUUAUGGAGUUAUCGUGCUGUUGUUUCAGGAUCUAUGGUACGAGGAGCCGCUCUGGAACAAGACUGCCAGUCUCCAGGAUGCUGUUAAACUGUUUUGCUUCCUCUCUCUCUCUCUUUCUCUCUCUCUGUAUGUUUAUUGCUCUUCCUCCCGACAAUGAGACUGCAGUCAUUAGUAUUUAUGACAUUACUUAUGUAAAAUUGCGUUUACACAGUCUUCUUCUGGUGCCAUCAGACCAUCGGAGCUUCACAGUGGAAUGCUGUACUCCAGCUCCCGUCUGUGUUUACACUCGAUUCACUGACGCCUUCUGUAUCUUCAUGUUUUAUGCACUGUGAUGUACAGUCUUUUAAAUGAACCAAUAAAUAUAGUUUUA